AUGGAGCACGGCGAAGAUGGGGACUCCUCUCCCUCCCUUGACAUGUUUCAAGAGCCUGUCGAUUUCUACGAGCCCGAAAAGCCACCCACCUUCACCAGCUACACCCUGAAAAACGGCCACCGCCUUACGCUACGCCUUGUCGGCCAUAGUCCUCUUUGGGGUCAUCUACUCUGGAACGCAGGUCAAGUCGUGUCAACGUACCUCGAACAGAACGCCAAAGAGCUCGUGCUGAACAAGACAGUGCUGGAAUUGGGCGCUGGUGCUGGGCUUCCUAGCCUAGUCGCUGCAAUAUUAGGAGCUAGGAGAGUCGUGGUGACAGAUUAUCCGGACCAGGACUUGGUUGCGAACUUGCGCUACAACGUGGAACACUGCUCGGCUUUACUCGACAAGUCAACCGUUGUAACGGAGGGUUUCCUUUGGGGUGCUCCGGUCGACUCUUUGAAAUCGCAUAUCCUGCCCGAUGUUGAUGGAUUUGAUCUAUUGAUCCUGGCCGACAUUCUGUUCAACCACUCCGAGCACGCCAAACUCCUGGCCACUGUCCGUGACUGCUUGAAGAAGACGCGCGAGUCGGUCGCUCUGGUGUUUUUCACGCCUUAUCGUCCUUGGCUGCUCGACAAAGAUCUCCAAUUCUUCGAAAUGGCUCGAGUCGACGGAUUUGUGGUCAAUAAGAUACUGGAACAAACCAUGGAUAAAGUCAUGUUUGAAAACGAUCCUGGAGAUGAAGCCCUUCGCAAAACCGUCUUCGGCUACGAGGUCAAAUGGAAUCUCUGA